GCGCGCGCCCAUCCAUCCAGCCGGGACGCGCACAGGCUCCGUGGUCACAGUCGCUGCCCAGGGGCUCGGAGCCACCAAUUAGAACAGCUGGUCAGGGAGAUGCACACAUAAUUGACUACAUCUCAUUUGUUUUUUUCUCCUAAAAGUCCCUCAGUCCUCUGUCACGAUUCCGCUCCAGAGAGGCUCCACGGGCUUUCUGUCGUCCAUUUGCCCCAGAACCUCGCGGAGGAAGUGGUCGGUGGUCUUCCUGGUGACUGCUGUCGCGAUGGUUUUGCUGGCUCUGGCCGUUGCUGUCCCGUUGCUGCUGCUCCGCUCAUCUGAAACCUCGGCUCAUUACUACGAGAUGAUGGGCACCUGUCGGAUGGUUUGCGACCCGUACAGCCCCAAACCGGGCGGCGCCACGGCCAUGGAGGUGAUCCAGAACGUGAACAGCGUCGCGCCACAGCCUCCGAUGGCGCAGGGGAGCCGCGGCGAGCCGGGGAGACAGGGCAAACCGGGACCCAGGGGCCCGCCGGGAGAACCGGGACCCCCGGGUCCGAGGGGGCCACCGGGAGAGCGCGGCGACGGCAAGAUCACGUUCCCCGCGUUAAACGGAGCCGCAGCGGACAACGGAGAGACGGACGGCGCCAAUUCAACGGUCAGCAGCUUCAGGAUCGCGUUUUACGUCGGUCUGAAAAAUCCGCACGAGGGAUAUGAGGUGUUAAAGUUUGACGACGUGAUUACAAACUUGGGGAACCAGUACGACCAGAACACCGGGAAGUUCACCUGCCACGUUCCGGGGAUCUAUUUCUUCACGUACCAUGUGCUGAUGCGCGGAGGAGACGGAACCAGCAUGUGGGCUGACCUGUGCAAAAAUGGACAGGUUCGGGCCAGCGCCAUAGCUCAGGACGCAGACCAGAACUACGACUACGCCAGCAACAGUGCGGUGCUGCACUUGGACUCUGGAGACGAAGUCUAUGUCAAACUAGAUGGCGGAAAAGCCCAUGGAGGCAAUAACAACAAGUACAGCACCUUCUCUGGCUUCAUCCUGUACCCCGACUAAAGAGCCUGGUCAACAAAUAUCUAUCCUCACUGGAAACAGUUUUCAUUAAAUAUACGGUCAACUAUGUUUUAUCUUGAUUUGACGGUAGGUGCCACACAAGCACAACAGUAUCUGUGACUUUUUAUUUAGUUUUUUUUAGUUUUUUUUUUCUAACAUCUGUGAAAAAGCUGAGGUUGAAGGUAAUUUUAAGUGAACGUCAAAGCAAGAACCUAACACGUGAUUUGAAAAGGGAAACAGAACAAUGAUGCCACAGAUCACCUUCCUGGCUGCUUAUAGAGUUUUGUUUUUGAAGCACUGUGUAUUAAUGGUGUUUAAUGUUAAAAGCCUGAAUGGUGGGAAAAUUACAUGAAUAUAUAUAUAUAGAGAGAGUAGUAAAAAGUCGGGUAAGUUCUUGUGAGAGCACACCUGAGGUUUGGACUCUAGGCCCAGUCACACUAGCUUUAAACAGUGACAUCUCCCAACAAAACCACUUCAUUUUAGUACAAAUCGAAGCGUUGCAACAAAAUCCACGCACACAGACUUUACAUCACGCUGUGGUGAGCUCUCGUUGUGUUGCGUUCCGCCACAUUUCGGACACAGCGACACAGCUGCGUGUGCGCUGGACGUUUCCUCCAGCGCACUGGCCGCCUGCCCCAGCCCGCUCUCAACAUCACAAUCACUUGUCACUGUACAUUUUCAUUCAGAAGCAUUAAUAUAAUAAGCAGCUGGCGCCAAAGUUCAACAAAAUCUGAACCUCCAGUAGCUUCCAGGCCCAUGCGAUAGAAUUUUAUCCCCAGACACGGUCCGAGCUAGCCAUGAGGCUAGCAGUCUUCACGUAGCCAAGCCUGCUAGCCUAGCGGCGCUACAAAGCUAGCAGGCUUCACGUAGCCCAGCCCGCUAGCCCCGUGGCGCCACGCGGUUUUGUUUACCCCCUAUUCUGCUGGAGUAGGCGCUGCCGAAGGGAAACGGUUUGAAGGCCCCAGACGCACAGGGAGCUACAUGUAGCAGCUCUGUAGCAUGCGUUAGCGUCCUCCUAGCUGCUUGGCAGGACAGCGCUUUGCACACUAGCAAGUCGCAGUUCACGCCAAGCAGGAAGAAAAAAGCACUGAAUUCAUUUUGCUGUGACAUUUUUCCAAGUGUGACCAAGUGUUAUUAAAAACUUAAACUGGUUUUAUUCAUUUUUUUACAGUUUUGUUUCAUUACUAUUACUACACGAUGGAAAAUCUCCCUUAAACAACCUUUAACUAGGACUGGUUAAAUGGAUGUCUAUGACAUAUAACAGGCUUCAUACAUGUCAAUAAGCAUUGAUAAAUAUUACUGCUCUGUAAAAACGUCUGAACAGCUCCACAACAGGAAAUGUGAGAUAAUUCAUUUCAUUAAUUAGGUUGAUGAAUCGGGUGUUUCCUGUUUCAUGUCACACGAGCUUCUGCGAGUGGUCUCCAAUCUGUCUGUGCAUGAUUUGUUGUACACCUGCCUGAAAACCAGUGUGUGUCUGAAUGUGCUGCCUAUAAACCUACCUCUCUACGGCGCGUCCUACGUUUCCCAGGUGUCUCCCCAAACGUCCUUACUUCAGCUGGUUGCUGCGUGAACCCUGACGCCAGCCUGCCGUCCAGCACGCAGUCCAGUCAAGGCUCUGUACAGCAAACACAUAGAGUGACUUCAGAGGUUCUGCUGAGUUCUUUAUGUUGUAUUACACAGUUGUUGUUUACUAAAAUGUCAAGUAGAAAUGAAGGUUAUUAUACUGAGCCACAUGUUUUUUAAGGGGACAUUUCUGCAGGAUGCUCCUGUGGAUCUGACAGAUAUACAAAUGUUACAACCUACAGUAAUGAUGUGUUACACACUGUACCACACACUAACUAAUCAUGUCACUGUACAAGCUGAUCCUAUAUUCUACAAGAAAUAAAACCGCUCCUGUGUUUCACUUCUGA